UGACUCAGCGUUCCCACGGGCGUCCUAGGCUCAGAAUGGCUGUGAGGAGAGCACUGGGCCCCGUGGACGUCUGGGCGGCUUUGUGUGUGGGGCCCCCUCCGAUCGGAGGCAAACCUGGGGAUCCCCGGGGAGACGCCGAAGCUGCGGACUGCACUUGGUGAGAGGCUGCAAGGCCAGCUGCUGCUGAAGUGCAUAAGAAAGUGCCCAGCUGUGAGGAAGCAGCUGAGGUAAUUUCCUGCUCCCAAAAUGGGACACAAAGUGGUCGUGUUCGACAUUUCUGUCAUCAGAGCCUUGUGGGAAACACGUGUCAAGAAGCACAAAGCUUGGCAGAAGAAGGAGGCAGAAAGGCUCGAGAAAAGUGCAUUGGAAAAGAUAAAGGAGGAGUGGAACUUCGUGGCCGAGUGCAGGAGGAAAGGCAUCCCCCAGGCUGCGUACUGCAAGAAUGGCAUUGUAGGCACCAACGUGAGGCUUCUGGAAAAGAUCGAAAGGAACACUCUUGCAAGGCAGAGUUCACUUUCCAAGGAGAGAGACAAACGGAGCAGUCCAUUUGUGUUUGAACUUUCGGGGGAGCAGUGGACGGAGCUCCCAGAUUCGUUGAAGGAGCAGACACACCUGAAAGAAUGGCACAUCAAUAAUACCCUGAUUCAAAUCAUUCCUACUUAUAUCGAGCUGUUCAAAGCCAUGAGAAUUCUGGAUCUGCCAAAAAACCAAAUCUCCUGUCUUCCAGCUGAAAUGGGUCGUUUGAAGAACCUGAAAGAACUCAAUGUGAGUUUCAACCAUCUGAGGAGCAUUCCUCCAGAACUGGGAGACUGUGAAAAUCUAGAGAAACUGGAUUGUUCUGGAAACCUAGAAUUAACCGAGCUCCCCUUCGAAUUAAGUAACUUGAAGCAAGUUACAUUCGUAGAUAUCUCAGCAAACAAGUUUGCCAGUGUCCCGAUCUGUGUCCUGAGGAUGUGUAAUUUGCAGUGGUUGGAUAUCAGCAACAAUAGUCUGAGUGACCUGCCCCAAGAUAUAGACAGGCUAGAAGAACUGCAGACCUUUCUCUUGUAUAAGAACAAGCUGACCUAUCUUCCUUAUGCCUUGCUUAACCUAAAGAAGCUCACCUUGUUAGUUGUCAGUGGGGACCAUUUGGUGGAGCUCCCGACGGCCCUGUGUGACUCAUCCACACCUUUAAAAUUUGUAAGCCUUAUGGACAAUCCUCUUGAUAAUACCCCAUGUCAAGAUGGUGUUGAAGUGAUGGAAAGUGAACGAGAUCGUCAAUGCUUUGAUAAAGAAUUUUUGAAAGCCUAUAUCGAAGAUGUUAAAGAAAGAGAAUCUGUUCCCAGCUAUACCACCAAAGUAUCUUUUAGCCUUCAGCUUUGAUGCCAUCCAUUAGAAGACUGCAGAAUCUCCCUGUGCUGUGGAGCUAUAAAUCUUGGUGUUGUGGAAUAAUGGUUUGCGCUUAAGGACAAAGUCUAGAAACCACAGUCAUAGUUAGGGAAAAUGAUUUUCAGAUUUCACAUUUGCAAAUAGUUCUCUCUGUGGACUGGAGAAUUGAUAAGUGGGUUUAUAUAUAAAAGUUCAUUUGCAUAUACUUGUUUCCAAAGAAUGCACAUUUAAUAUUUUAGAAAAUGUGUUAUUUUUUAAAAUUAUAACUUAGAGACCAAAAUCUGAAGUUGAUUACACUGUUUUUAGGAAUCCAGGGAUAAAGGGAUUGUAAAAAGAGCAUUUAUAUGGGGCUAGCCAAAUGAGAUUUUAUUUUAUUUUGAAAGAGUUUUAAUGAAUUAUUUCUUUUACUAAGAAAAGCUUUCCUUGGGUUUAUACAAACUGCUGUUUUCAUAUAUUUUAAUUGUAUUUUGUAAGACUUUAGGUAUAAUUUGGGCAUUGAAGGUAGAAAGAAGAGCUGGAUUGUCUGCCCAUGCAUUGGGCGCAGGAUACUCAGAUGGUGCGCUGGGAGUCCUCACAGAGGCAUAGUGGUCGUGGCUGGUCCUGGGAAGCCUUACGUGGCCUGCAUGGAUGGUCCUCCUGUUCUGAGUGGGUACCUCGGGGGUCCCAGGAUGCACCUUAGAGCAGGGAGUAGAGGCAGUACCCUUAGGGACUCCUCCUCCUCCAAGGUGGCUUUACAAGGUAGCAGGGAUGACUACUUGUCCAUUACGGAUGAGGAGUGCCUAGGAAAGCUUUCCUGACAGGUGCUACAGGAAAACUCUGCCCAGGCCACAAUGCUGCAGUCCACAGGGAGCUCAUGAGACUGUUUUUUUGUUGGCAAGGAUGGGAUUCAUGAUAAGGCUUUGGACUCUUACACCACAUCAUAUGAUUUGGAGAAAUUGUACAAAUAUCUAUUUUUAUACCACUAUUUUGAGCUAAAGGAAACAGGACUGUGAGUUGAAGAUAAGCUUUAACAAGUAGCUUUUAUGACUAAGAAGGAAAAAGUGCAUAUAUUUACGUAUACUCCUAUAUGAAUCGACUCCUACAUGGUCUAGUUCAGUGCCAUCCAAUAGAAUUUUCUGCAGUGAUGGAAAUGUUCUUUAACUGUGCUGUCCAAAUGUAGUGACCAUUAGACACAUGUGGUUUUGACUACUUGAAUAAUGCCUGGUAUAAGUGAAGAACUUUUAAUUAAUUAAGGAUUUUUAAUUAAAUUUAAAUUUAGAUUGCCACAGGUGGCUGCCAUAUUGGACACACAAGUCUAGCCAGUUGGGUUUUUUGGAAGAAAGGAAGAGUGAUUUUUAUUUUCUCUUAUCUGAAGAACAGUCUGUCCCCAGAGGGGCCCCUAUUGACACCCUCCAUAUUUUGUCUUGAUAGAUUUAUUCAUAAUUCCCAGUGUUUUAUCCUCAACAGAUGCAAAAAAGGCAGAACAUUCUAAAACCAUAUGGUAAUGCUUCAGCGGAGGAUUGCUUCAAGUUAAAAACAAACUCUGAGAAGUAGGUUAAGAGAUGAAAAGAGUAGGAAAAUGAGAAAUCACUUCAAUUGAACCUCAAACAAUUGCAUUUUUCUUUUUAGCUCCUCAAAAAUGGAAUUGAAAUUUAUUAGUUGUACUACUUGAAUGAUUUUGAAAUUUCAUUUCAUGCCAAGGUAUAUAUUAUAUAUAGCCAAAUGGAAAAUAAAUCUUAAAAGGGGGCAAAUAGGGGCUUUCACACAAAUUGUCCAUGAAUAAUGUAAAAUUUGUUUCAAUAAAACCAGUCUUUUGUGCAAAAACCUCGUUUUGGUGCUACAUAUAAACAAAGGAAAAAGUAUUGCAAAGUAUAUAAUACAUAAUUGUUUCAUGUUACAUUAUAUCCCAUACCAAAUAUAUUGUUUGAAUAUAACAUUUGUAGAGAUAUUAUUUAAUUUAUUCAUGUAAAUGUAAAAAUGCAGCACGAUUAUAGGGCAUCUCAGUGGAAAUAUCAUAGAGAUUUGAAAAUUUUACAUGAUGCAUAUGGACUGAUUCAUAAUUUGGAAAAGGAAUUUCCAUAGCAGGAUAUAUGUAUGAGCAUUAAAGCAAUAUGAAUAAAAGAAUAAAAUGUAAUUCCUAGAAGAAAAA